CAACCCCACAGACCUCCUUUCCCCCACUAGUGGGGAAUGAAUAACCGGCCAUGUUCCCAAGUCGGCGUCUUGUGGAGUUGCCGACUAGUUCUUCGAGUUAUCAACCACUGAAAUUGCAUAUCAGUCGCGAUCCCGUCACAGACCCGGGCCGGUCUUGACGAAAGGUGUCAUGCAUGGUCCACUCAACGAAACAUUUGAGUCACAGGAGAAGACUGGAAUAAUGGAAGAAAUUUCGCCUCUCGAAGGAUGCUUCCGAACGGCGGAGCUCCCGCGACUAUAAACACCCGGGGAACCUCCCGGGUCACGGUCCGGUUUGAAAAUGGUACAGCGUAGAAACUAGCUUCUCUUCAUCUCUGUUCAAUCCAAGAGACUCCAAGAUGGGUUCGCCGAGCGCCGAAACCCCGGCCCAAGCACAUACAGCCAACGUCCCUCAGUUCAUGAUUGCCGAUCCAUCCUCCGGCCCCGUUCCGGUUGCUCCUGCCCCUCUGCGGCCUGCCGCCAUUGACGAUGUGGUGAUGGAGAUGCCCACAUGGCGUAAGUGGGUUACACUCUUCGUCGUCUGCUGGAUGGCCCUGCCCGUCAUCUUCUCCGGAAGCUCCAUCUUGUCGGCGACGAACGAAGUCGCUGCUGACUUUGGCAUAUCAACGCAUGCCAUCACCACAGCCAACGCCGGUGUCUUCGUAGCCAUGGCCAUGUCCGCGCUGAUCUGGCUGCCAAUGACCGACAUCCUUGGCCGAAGGACGACGUAUCUGGUUGCCAACACUCUGUUGACCCUAUGCUCGAUUGGCUCGGCGGUGUCCAACAACUUUGCCUGUUACACGGCGACCUGGAUCAUUGGGGGGACGACGGGUCCGUUCUUCCUUGUCGCAGGGCAGACGAUUCUGGUCGAUAUUUUUGAUCCCACAACUCGCGGAACCGCUGUCGGCUUCUUCUUGGGCAGCUGCGUUGUAGCAAACACACUAGCUCCACUGACUGGAGGUGUAAUUGUAAACUUCACUUCGUGGAGGGUGAUCUACGGCGUCCAAGCGGGAAUGGCGUUUCUCGGUCUGAUCAUGGCGUUCUUCUUCGUGCCGAAAGCUAGCGAGCUAGCUAAGCACCAGGCUGCAGAAAAGACCCCUGUGCGAUCCCUAGGUGAACUUUGCCGUGCUUUCAACCCGAUGGGGGUUUUCCGCCAGUUCAGAUACCCCAAUGUCCUCGCCGCCAACUUUGCGUGUGGACUUCUGGGCUUCAACCAGUACGGCUUACUUGGCUCGAUCAGGCGUGUCAUCAACCCGCGCUUCAACCUCACUUCCCCCCUCAUCAGUGGUCUGUUUUACUUGGCCCCGGGCGCAGGCCUCUUGGUGGGCAGUACCAUCGGUGGCCGAGUAUCUGACUAUACCGUGAAACGGUAUAUUCGCAAGCGAAACGGCCUCCGGCUUCCACAAGACAGGUUGAACAGCAGCCUCCCAGCCGUCUUUAUCGUUCUUCCAGCCGGCACACUGAUAUUUGGGUGGAGCUUGCAAAAAGAAGUUGGUGGAGUGGCGCUGCCAGUCGUAAGCUCCUUCAUCCAGGGCCUUGGGCUUAUGUGGUCUUUCAGUGGUCUUAAUACGUACUCUGCUGAGGCGCUUCCCGAACACAGAACAGCCGUUAUCAGCGGUAAGUAUGUCAUUCAGUACAUGUUUGGCGCUGGUAGCAUCGGUGGCGUCGUACCAAUGAUUGAUGCCAUAGGCGUAGGAUGGUCAUUCACGAUAACUGCUCUAUCGGCUUUGUCGGCCGGGGUGUUGCUGUUGAUGAUCUCCAAAUUUGCAUCCAGAGCCCAGAAUUGGGUUGAGAAGAGCGACAGCAAAGAUUCUGAUGACUGAUUCCUCAUUGGUAGUCAGCGCGGUGCCAUGGAUACAGGGUCCAACAUCACUAGACUCGCACAGAACAUGGCGUUUGUGAAUUUUCUACUACUCUAUAAUUACAACGCUUGAAUUUAUUUUC